UUGCGAAAUGCGGUGCUGUGACUGGUGCAAAUUCCUCGUCAUGACAUGAGAUGCUGCCGCCCGGACCUGUAGGAAAGUAGCUGGCGCAGCAGUCCAACAGUGUUGAGUCAACGUUGCAUCUGGGAGGCUGAGAGAGGAGAGGAGGCAGCGGCAUCUCUGCUCUGCUGUGGCGAGACAGAGGAGAUGACAUAGCGACUGGACCAGCUACAGUCACUGUGACACCUGUACCCGACUGCGCCAUUGUCUUUUGUCAUCUGUUUAAUUAGAUACUGCUAUUUCUGUCGCAUGCUUCCCACCGAUGCCCUCGGUGAGCUGCCCUCAUACAGAUUUUGAUCUAAGUUGAGGCACGCUAGCGCUAGCUCGCUGCUACUACCCUUCAACAUUGAAGUGGUCACAUAAACAUGCGGAUCAUCGAGGCGGAGACCCCCGGGAUACCUCUAAACGCUUUCAACAGGACACGACUUUCGACUGGCCGCUGACUGGACUCUGCAGAGUCGCCGUAGAGGUGAAAGAGCGACUGAUCUCAAGGACCAGAUUGCCUGCUGAACUUUUUGCCUCAACGACAGAUCGCCAGGGACCAUGCUGGCCAUCCUAGCUGCUGGCUCUAUUUUCUUUCCAGGCCUUUUCCUGCUGUCCAAACAAUGCCUGAAGACCAUUCCAGGGCUGAGAUGGAGCGAAGGGGACGCAGUGAUUGUAUCAGCUAGGUUGGUGUCCUCAAUUCAGGCAGUCAUGGCUUCCUCAGCAGGCUACAUCAUUGCCUCUUCCUGUGAAGACAUCAUUGAGGACCAGCACUGGCUCACGAGCAGUUACAUCAUGUUCGCCGUUCCCUACUUUGUGUACGACAUCUACGCCAUGUUCAUGUGCUACUGGUACAAGCUCCGGGUCAAAGGGCACGAGGAGGCCUCGGCGGCACCCCAGCACAUGAGCUCGGCGCUGACCAGUUACUUGCGUCGCGAGUUCCUCAUGGUGCUGCACCAUGUUGUCAUGGUCACCGUCUGCUUCCCCGUCUCUGUGUUUUGGCGACAAGGAAAGGGCGAUUAUUUCCAGGGCAUAAUGUUCAUGGCUGAGCUCAGCACUCCGUCUGUCUGCUUAGGAAAAAUACUCAUCCAGUACAAACAGCAGCACACUCUCCUGCACAAAGUGAAUGGGGCUCUUAUGCUGAUCACUUUUUUCAUCUGUCGAGUCCUACUCUUCCCUUACCUCUACUACGUCUACGGAAGGUACGCAUCCAUUCCCUUCCACAUGGUUCCGCUGACGGUGCCCUGGCACUGUAACCUCGGCGCUGCUCUGCUUAUGGCGCCCCAGCUCUACUGGUUCUCCCUCAUUUGCAGAGGCGCCCUGCGACUGUUCAUGGGCACCUCCCGCUCGCAGAGGCCGCACCCGACCGCCGCCGCCGCUAAGGAGCUCCAGAGGGAUGGCAACACUCUGCCCCAGCCCGCCAACGGCUACAGCACGCUCCCCACAGAGCCCGAGCUGGCCACGCACUGAGAGGAGCGGUGUGGAGGGGAGGCUGGGGGCGGGGGAGGGAAAGAAGGCGAAUGUACCAAUGAGUAUGUAAAGGAAGGAACGCUGCAAGGAGGAAAGCGAGACUUGAAACGAGCUGAGACGGUGGCCUCAGAUUGUGCUGAAGUGCUUGUAGCCAGCAAAACAGUUAAACGCUUCAGCGGCUAGCCUUCAAGUACUUCAGCCUCUUAGUUUGUAGGAAACAUAAAGGAAGUGUUGGCGCGCUCAGUAUUUAAGAUGUCUUCGGGCACUGUGACAGACAGGAACAUGCACUGACUAGAGAGGAAGUUGCCUGGAUGUACAGCAAGCAUAGGUGGCCGUUUCCCCUCACGUAGAUCAAAUUCAGUCCUCUCUGCCUCCUGGAAGAGCAGGAAAAUAGGAAUGUAUUAUAUUGUAUGUUAGUAUGUUCGCUGUAGAUGGAAGGCCUAAUUCAGUUUAGUAAUGAAGAAGACCUUCAAAAAAGAAAAAAAAAUCCCAGCUAAACAGUAUUUUGACUUGUUAGUGUUUAUUAUCUGUAUCCUCUAUGUAGUCACUGUCACUCUAACAAAAAUGUAACCGACCUGCAGACUGACUCAUCUUUAGAACGGAGAUAAUCUCAUACGACUGUAUUCUGCUGCCUUAUCCCUCCCUCCUGCUCCC